GACUCGUGCCUGACUCUCUGCCAACCUGUGUGAAGCUAGAAAGCGGAAUAGCGAGAGGGAGGGAAGCGGAAGAGAGUUAGAGGGAAAGGGAGAGAAUGGAUUUUGGAAGGAAAUAAACAGAGCAGCCUGGAGAUCGACCUUUCCGUCACCAGUUUUGGCAUCCAUGGAUAGCACCUCUCCCGUGUCUCUGUAUGAGGGGGCAGCAGCGCUUGGACUUCAGUUUUACGGACAAGCAUGCAGUCAAUGGGAAUCCCACUGUGGAGCCUUUUCCAGAAGGCAUGGAGACCAUCAUGUUUGGUUUGGGCUGUUUCUGGGGAGCUGAGAGACUUUUUUGGCAGCUUCCUGGAGUCUUCUCCACACAGGUUGGCUAUGCCGGCGGCUUUACACCCAACCCAAAUUACCAAGAAGUUUGCUCAGGUCUGACGGGUCAAACUGAGGUGGUGAGGGUGGUCUUCUCCCCGGAAGAUCUCAGCCUCGAGGAACUACUUAAACGCUUUUGGGAAAACCACGAUCCCACACAAGGUAUGAGGCAGCAGAAUGAUCAAGGUACUCAAUAUCGUUCAGCCAUUUACACAUCCAACCCCACUCAACAGGAUCUCGCAUUGAAGAGCAAAGUGGCCUUCCAGCAGGAGCUGGAUAAAAAAGGCUACGGUCCCAUCACCACAGAGAUUCUGGAGGUGCAGCAGUUUUACUACGCUGAGGACUAUCACCAGCAGUACCUGAAAAAAGUACCAAAAGGCUACUGUGGCCUCAAAGGCACCGGAGUGUCCUGCCCCAUCAGAGCCGGGAAGGAUGAAUUAUAGGAAUGUGUGGUGAGAAGGAUAAGGAAGAGAAUUAAUCAGGCUGUUUUUCACAUAAAAAUGUUCAGGCUCAUUCUGACAAAUAUUAAAAAUGAUCCAUAGUCAAAUGUAUGUACUUUUAGCAUACGUAUUAGUAUUAUUAACAAACAUAAUAACCUAUUUGUCAGAUUUUGAAUACUUUAAAAGGCCACUGGGAAUUUUUCAAUAAGAGUUUCAAUUUUGUUUCUACAAAGAUCUGUCAGCUGUGUAGAAACAAUAAUGUAUCAGAAUUAAAAUCGACUCUAUUGGCUCUAUAAGACAGAAAAAGACAUAUAGCAUAAAACAAGGACAAAUGAAUUGGACACGGAUACAACAUAAACAUUUAACUAAUACACUGCACGGCCAAAAAAAAGGUCACACGCUCUAAUAUUCGUUGGACCGCCUUUAACAUGCAUUCACUGUGGCAUCGCUUCCACAAGCUUCUGCAAUGUCACAACAUUUAUUUCUGUCCAGAGUUGCAUUAAUUCAUUUUGAUCUUGUAUUGAUGACGGGAGAUUCGGAUCACUGCGCAAAGUCUUCUCCAGCACAUCCCAAAGAUUCUCAAUCGGGUUCAGGUCUGGACUCUGUGGUGGCCAAUCCAUGUGUGAAAAGGAUGUCUCAUGCUCACUGAACCACUCUUUCAGAAUUUGAGCCUGAUGGAUCCUGGCAUUGUCAUCUUGGAACAUGCCCGUGCCAUCAGGGAAUAAAAAAUCCAUUGAUGGAAUAACCCGAUCAUUCAGUAUAUUCAGGGAGUCAGCUGACCUCAUUCUUCGGGCACAUAACGUUGCUGAACCUAGACCAGACCAACUGGAGCAACCCCAGAUCAUAGCACUGGCCCAUAGGCUUGUGACCUUCUUUUUGGCUGGGCCGUGUAUUUUUAUGUAUAAAAUAUACAGCUCUGGAAAAAAUUAAGAGACUACUUUAGUAUUAUCAGUUUUUAUUAUUUAUAGAUAUGUCUUUGAGUUAAAUGCUUUUUAUUUUUUUAUUAUUGUAUUCCAUAAACUACUGACAACUUUUCUCUGUGCUAGAAUUCAUCAGACACUUGAAUGGCUGCCAUACAUGUAGAGAUUGAGAUUUAAGAAAAAUUUGGAGUGAUUUUUUUCGGAGCUGUAUAUAUACAAGUGUAUAUAAAAACACAAUAGCCUGCACUGUUCUCUGUAUAGCACCUGAGAAAAGAGCAAUUUAAGACUUUUUACAUAUGGCAUAAAAGGCAUUUAAACAGUGUUAAGAGACAAUAAGAAGGUAAAUGAAAUAAUAUAAAUGAAAAAAGGGAAAUACACUACACAAGUAGCAGUGCAGCUGCAGCAACAGUCCGCUUCCACAAGGUGGCAAUGUUCCUCAAAGAACAUGGUAAAGCCCCAUCAGUGUUUUUACUGCAUCCUCUACAAUGUGACAUAUUGUAGCUCUGAAACCAUGAAACCAACACUUUUGCUUCGCAGGUUGGCUCAUUGGACGAAACAACACAUACUUCAGUGGUUCUAUUAUCCAACAAGAUAUCAUUGUUUACGUCCAUCUUAAAGCUUAAACACUGUGACUGGACUUUUAGACUUUACUGUCAGAUUUCUUGAAUAUAGCGUCUAAUACAAUCAGUAGCUUAUUAAAAGGAAAACAUAAUAAUACACGCCUGUAUUUUUUAAUACAGUAAUUUAUUUGUAUAUAAAUCUGAAAAGCUGUUUUAUAAUCAAGUUUACAUUGAGCAAGACAGACUGAACACUGCUUUUGUCACUUUAGAAAAAUAAAGUAUAUCUUAUUCAA